UCUUAGCAGCGCCACUGUGCGGUGGCGGGAAAGUAAAUGAGGUAAGAGGAGACGUUUCGUAAGACUACCUGCAGUGAUACUAGUGCAUAAAGUUCUACCAUCGCAGUCUGCAUGUAUAUCUGAACAUGGCUGAGGUCAUGAAAUCACUUUCUCCUCAAAUUCCCAGUGCUGAAGCUGCAGUUCCCAAGGAGGCUGCUAGUGAUGGGACUAUAGAGCAUGUAGCAAAGAGCACCCAGAAUUCUGAUCAGACAAAAGUUACACUAGAUGUGGGAGAGAAAGGGGAAAAGGAUGUUCAGGUGGAAGAUAAAACCUUGAGCUCUGAUUCAAAGGAAGACACUGGGGACAUAAAGGAAGAUAUAAAGGAAGGACAGUCAGACAAAGCUGUGAUAACCAGUGAAAUGGAGAAGGAGGAGAAAAGUUUGCAACAAGAAGCUGAAAAAGAAGAAGAAAAAGUUAAAAGUGAACAACAAAAGAUAUGGGAGCAGCUGGAUAGUGAAGACAGAGAACAGAGAUACAGUAAGCUUCAGUUUCUGUUGAAUAAGAGCACGAUGUACACCAAGUACUUGUUACAGAGGAUUGAGAGACAAAAACAGGAGGACGAGAAAAGGAAGGAGCGCCUCGCCAAAAAAUUGGCAAAGAAGGCUCAGAUGGAAAGUUCACAAGAAAAGAAUCCCCCAGCAGAAGAGAGAAGAUCCAACAGAAACAAGCAGUCAGUUCUCAAUUCCCCCAGCCAACCUACGUCCUCUCAAGAGGGGAAAGCAGGUAGAGGUCGAAAAAGAAAAACCCCAACAGAUCCGCUGGACCAUAAGCCUUCUUCAAAGAGGAAAAAAGGAGAAAAUGGAGAUUCCACAAAUUCAGCUGAAAAUUCAGAAAACAUCACUCCAAACACCAACUCUGCAGAUCUUUUAUCUGCUGCACAACCAGUCACCAAGGAUUCCGGUAUAGGCGCUGACAGUAUUUCACAGUUAGAUGAGGAAGAACGAGCAAAACUGGAGACAGAGAAGAGGUUAAAAAGGGAGGCCGAGGAGAAAAUUCUGUUGGAGAAGAAUGAGGAACAUCCUGUUCUAUUUACUGGAGGAAGCCUAAGGCUGUACCAAAAGGAAGGCUACAAAUGGCUGAAGACAUUAUAUGAGAAUGGAGUUAAUGGAAUCCUGGCAGAUGAGAUGGGUUUGGGUAAGACUGUACAGUGUAUAGCGCUGAUAUCUCACCUAGUUUACCUCGGAGUUACUGGCCCUUUCUUGGUUGUUGCUCCUUUAUCAACCAUUCCUAACUGGUAUUCAGAAUUCAGAAGAUUUGCUCCAAAGGUACCUGUGGUGCUCUAUCAUGGAACACCAGAAGAACGCAGUCAACAUCGAGCCAAAAUUAGGAAAAAGACACAAAUUCGUGAGGAUGUUGAAGUUCAGCCUGUGGUCAUCACAUCAUAUGAAAUGACGAUGAGGGAUAGGAGUCAGCUGCAGCAUCACGAGUGGAAAAUACUGAUUGUGGAUGAGGGUCAUCGAAUCAAAAACACCCAGUGUCGACUCAUAAGAGAGCUGAGGAUGUACAGGAACACUCAUCGCUUACUUCUCACUGGCACACCUCUCCAGAACAAUCUAGCAGAGUUGUGGUCCCUGUUGAAUUUUUUAUUACCGGAAAUCUUUGAUGAUCUUGGAAGUUUUGAAAUGUGGUUUGAUGUAGAGAGGUUGUCAGUAGAUGAUGCUGAAGAGAAAAUUGUCAAAGAAGAGCAACAGAAAAAUAUUCUUUCAAUGCUACACCAGAUUUUGACUCCAUUCAUGUUGAGACGAUUGAAGCAGGAUGUUGAACUCAAUUUGCCUCCCAAGAAAGAGCUCUUAGUGUAUGCUCCCAUGUCCUCCAUGCAGCAAGAGUUCUACACAGCAACAGUUGACAAAACCAUUAUAGACAAAAUUCGCGAAAAGAAUGAAGGACCAGAAGUGGUGGAGUUGGACAGCAAUGGCCGACCAGUGAGACGAUCAAGGAACAAGAAAGUAAACUACAGCAUGAUGGAAGGAACAGAUGAUGAUAAGGCUGCUGAUUCUGAUCUGGAGGAGGAGCUGGAGAAGUGGGUCUGUGAUAUCCAAGAAAGCAGAGCAUCAAUGUCUGCCAAUAGAGAGAAAGUUCCUGCCAAAUCAGUGGUGACAAUUCGUCUACAACAUAUCAUGAUGCAGUUGAGGAAGUGUUGUAACCACCCGUAUCUGCUGGAGUAUCCCCUGACAGAGAGCGGAGAGUAUAAGGUAGAUGAGGAUUUGGUACAGCUGUGUGGAAAGAUGAAACUGUUGGAUGUCAUGCUAAAAGAACUCAAAUCCAGGGGGCACAAGGUGCUGAUCUUUUCUCAGAUGACCAAAAUGCUGGACAUCUUGCAGGACUAUUGUUAUCUGAGGAAAUACAGUUUCUGUCGUCUGGAUGGUUCGACCAGCAUACAUGAUCGACAAGAGCAGAUGUCUGAGUUCAAUAAUAACCCUGACACGUUCCUCUUUCUAUUGAGUACAAGAGCUGGAGGAUUAGGAGUCAAUCUCACAGGAGCAGAUACAGUGAUUAUAUAUGAUAGUGACUGGAACCCUCAGUGUGACCUCCAAGCCCAGGACAGAUGUCACAGAAUAGGGCAGACCAAGCCAGUGAUUAUUUACCGCUUAGUGACGGCUAAUACGAUUGACCAGAGGGUAGUCGAGAGGGCAGCAGCAAAGAGAAAAUUGGAGAAAAUGGUCAUUCAUAAAGGGAGAUUCAAAUCUGGUAUUGAAAGUUUUACGGAGAAAUUUAAGCCGUUGAGUCCCCAGGAGUUGAUGGAUCUGCUGAAGGCAAAGGACCAUGAGAAAGAGGUUAAAGAUGUGGAAAACUUAAGCAGAGAAGCCAUCGACAGUUUGUUAGACAGGUCUGAUCUGUAUGCUAAAUGGAAGAAAGACCAGGGGAGUGCCACAAAAUCCAAAAAAGCUAAAGCAAAGAAUUCCCUGAAAAAAGAGAAAGCUACAGACUUGACAUCUGUGUUUUCAGUCAUUGAUGAAGAUGUGCAGUGAAGUGUGAAAUCCAUGAGGCUUUAUUUCCCAGAGAGGAAAACCUCUCACCACGUGACCAGAACUUAAACCAUGUUGUGUUCAACUUCACACAAAAACUUAAACCUUAUUGUGUUCAAACUAGAAGAAACCAAACAUUUUUUCUUCAGUAUCAAAUAAAAUAUGAACUAGUUGUUCCUAUUGAAGCCAAUUUUGACAAAAUUUUAUUAACAACACAGAAAUUGAUGAACUUUCAUCUUACUUAAAUUGGUGUUUUUUGCCAUCAGCAUAUUGUAAAUACAUAUGUAAACCAGAAAAUGGUGCUCAUUAUUAUUUUAGUAUGUAUACAAAUUUUAUUUUAACAAUACAAUAUCUUCUUUAUUACAUGUUUUAACAACUGAUCAUUUGCUCUUAAGAUGUGAGGAUUUAAUUUUAACAUUUCCAAGUAUUGGAUGUAUAAAUGCUUGUUAUUUUGUGUAUUACUAAGGACUGUAGCAUGUGUCAAAAAGUAAAAUAACAUGAAUGUCCUUCUAUGAUUGUAGAAGUAGUGCUACGUAGAUUUAUAGAGCUAGCAUUUACUUUUUGUUUUUAUCUGUGAGGGGGUAUUCGCUCUUAAACAAGUUACAUGUAUGGAAGUGAAUUGGUUUUUUUGUGUUCUAUAAAAGUUGAAUCUUGCAGUGAAACGGUUGUAUACAUGCAU